UGCUGACAUCUUGCCUCGUCCAUACGGACUGCUUUAGUAUAGGGACAAGAGAAGGGCAGAGGUGAGAGUAAGUUGGUGUGUGAGUUUUUCACGUACCAUUAUGCCUCCACUUGAGAAAUCACAACAUACCAAGGCCUUCAAACUUAGGAAAAGCUUUGCGACAAGGAAGCAAGAGGUGGCCGUGAUUCGCUCCAAAUUUCCAACCAAGAUUCCUGUGAUAAUCGAAAGGUACACCAGGGAAAAGUACUUGCCUCCGCUGGAUAAAACUAAAUUUCUUGUUCCUCAAGAACUGUCCCUGAGUCAGUUUGUAACUAUUAUAAGAAAUCGGAUGUCCCUGAUGCCAAGUCAAGCCUUCUAUUUGCUAAUCAGCAACAAUGGACUCGCUAGUAUGUCGCUCACCAUGGCGCAGGUCUACAAGGACCACCGAGACGACGAUGGCUUUCUGUACAUGACGUACGCUUCUCAGGAAAUGUUCGGGGACACUCCGGAAUGCCUGGCCAAGGUUGAAAGGAGUGCAACGUAGCUGACCUACGUAAUCUAAUGAAAUACUUGGAUUUUUAUGCGGGGAAAUUUUUUUAGCUGAUCUAAUGGCAAAUUGUGUGUUCAGGUACUUUUUGUAUGUAAAAAACGAUAUACUCCUGGAUUUCUUUUGUGUCUUUUUAAUGGAUAAUAAACUAUUGUUUGGAAUUA